GGGCUACAGGCUGCACGAGCCUGCCUUCCGCGUCGCCGCCUCCCGCUCUCCUACUGGGUUUUCACCCCGCGUCUGCUGGUCUUCCGGUCUGGCGGCUACCAGCUCUUUACUUCUGGUUGUCUUCAUGCCCUCAGUCUCUGUUCUGUACCUCCCCAUCUCUCUCCUGCUGUCUCCGUCGCUCGCUGUCCUGCCUCACUCUGCCCAGUCUUGGUGCCGGCCAUUUUCAGGGACUUCGGUGUCCCAGAUUUGAGGGCCUGCCCCGCGCCCCAUGGAAGAGCACCCGGCACCCAACUCUGCUCCGAGAGAAACCGAGGAGGCGGCGCCCCGCGCAGAGGUCAUGGACGAAGUGACAUCAUGCUCCUUCAACAGCCCUCUGUUCCAGCAGGAAGACGAGGGAGGGAUCACCUACCGGAUUCCAGCCCUGCUCUAUAUCCCCCCUGCCCGAACCUUCCUGGCCUUUGCAGAGAAGCGCUCCACGUGCAGGGAUGAGGAUGCUCUCCACCUGGUGCUGAGGCGAGGGUUGAGGACCGGGCACUUAGUACAGUGGGGGCCCCUGGAGUCACUAAUGAAAGCUACAUUACCUGGGCACCGGACUAUGAAUCCCUGUCCUGUGUGGGAGAGGAAGAGAGGCCGUGUGUACCUGUUCUUCAUCUGUGUGUUGGACCAUGUCACCGAGCAGCAACAGAUUGUGUUAGGCAGGAAUGCUGCCCGCCUCUGCUUCAUCUGCAGUCAGGAUGCUGGCUGCUCAUGGAGCGAGGUAAGGGACAUAACUGAGGAGGUCAUUGGCCCAGAGAUAAAGCAUUGGGCCACAUUUGCUGUGGGCCCAGGUCACGGCAUCCAGCUACAGUCGGGAAGGCUGGUCAUCCCUGCAUACACCUACUACAUCCCUUACUGUUUUUUUUGCUUCCGGCUACCAUGUAAAGUCAGACCUCAUUCACUGAUGAUCUACAGUGAUGACCUAGGUGUCACAUGGCAUCAUGGCAGGCUCAUUAGGCCCAUGGCGACAGUGGAGUGCGAGGUGGCAGAGGUGACUGGGAGGUCUGGCCACUCGGUGCUGUAUUGCAGUGCCCGGACACCAAAUAGACACCGGGCAGAGGCUGUCAGCAUUGACCAUGGGGAAUGCUUUCAGAGAUCAGCCCUGAGCCAACAGCUCUGUGAGCCCCCACAUGGCUGCCAAGGCAGCGUGGUGAGCUUCUGGCCCACGGAGAUCCCACAUGAUUGCCAGGACCCUAAUGGCAAAGAUGCUGCCUUUGUUCAGCAGAGCCCUCCACAAGACAGCUCACUGAGGCUGGAGCAGGAAGCUGGAACACUGUCGGAAUCAUGGCUCUUGUACUCACACCCAACUAAUAAGAAACGGAGGGUCGACCUAGGCAUCUACCUCAACCAGGCCCCCUUGGAGGCCGCCUGCUGGUCCCGCCCCUGGAUCUUGCACUGUGGGCCCUGUGGCUACUCUGAUAUGGCUGCUGUGGAUGAGGAGGGCUUGUUUGGGUGCUUAUUUGAGUGUGGAAUCAAGCGGGAGUAUGAGCAGAUUGCCUUUCGUCUGUUUACAGACCGUGAGAUCCUGGGCCACGUGCAAGGCAACAGCACCAGCCCUAGUAGGAACCCUAAGCCAGCUCAAGACUAAUUGACUUCUUAGGACCCGACUCGUAGAAGGGAGUGGGAACCAACGCCGGGACAAUGGAGGCCAAGAUAACAGAAGUUACUGAAGUCUAUAGAGAAUCCAAAAGCUUAAUAUUCUGCUCCCUAUCCUGGCACAGAGUAUCCACUCCUCCCCCUCCAAAGAGCAAAAUGGAAAAUUUACCAUAGCUACUGCAGUGGAAAGAACACUGAACUGGGAGUUGGGAGAUCCUGAUAUGAUAUUUACACUGCCACUGACUUGCUUUGUGGCAUUGGACAUAUCACCUGACCUACCUGGGUCUCAGAUCUCCAUUUAUAAAAUGAGAGAAUUAGUUCUGUGAUUUCUUUUCUUCCCAUCCCUAGGAGAGGCAGAGUACCUGGGUGCUCCAUGAUUAGCAAAUCCUGGCUGCCUAUAGGACUCUGAUCUCAAAUGGAAAUCAGAGGACUUGUCUUUUCAAAUGACUCUGGCUUUAUCCAAGUGUGAGAUUACAAGAGGUGUCAUGGCAGGAAGGAAGAUCUGGAUAAUUUGUUCUGUUUUCAGUAACAACAACAAAAAACCCCCUACACCCUACUAAUCAUGCUCAGAGCUCUGUAGGCUCUCUCUCCUAGAGGACUUGGGCAGAAUAGUAGAAUGAUGAAGUCACCUACCUCCUCCAGCUUUGCUGCUCUGCUCAGUCUUUCCUUCCUCAUCCAGAAUGCAUCAUUUCCUUGGGAGAAAAUGAGCAGCUCAGUGCCAGUGGUACUUGAUAAUGGUGCUUGUUUCUUCUGAUGGCAUCACUGCUAUGAAAGAUGAACCUGAAGAUCCAUUAUUGGAUGGUUCCUGAAGGACUUAAAACAUUGGACAAAACUUGCCACAACCUUUGCCUUCAAGGAGCUUACAGUUUAUAGGGUAGGAUGAGGGAGAAAAUACCCCUGGUGUGGUAGUUUGUAGAUGUUGGGGUGAUGGUGGCACUUAUUGUCAUUGCCUUUGUUGCAUUUCCAGCGUGACCGGAGUCACCUGCCGAAGGGCUUGUCCAGGCUGUGCAGUUUCGCCCAAGUUUAGAAUGUUGUCCUCCCCCAGCCAUUCUUUAAUCCAUGGAGAAGUUCUUCAGCCUUACCAUUAGGAAGGUCUCUGGAACCCAAGCCUCUGAGUUGGGCCUGUUCUUUUUGAUCUAUUGAAAUCACUGUUUGUGAGGUAUGUUUGCCUCUUUGUCUUAUAGUUUUGGUCCUGAACUUAGCCUGUGCUAGGUCUCUCAGAUGAUACUAGAUUGGAUGCUCCUAUUUUAGAUUGUUCUUAUGAUAGAAAUUCUAUCAUGAGAGAUUUAUUCCUUUGGGUAGGAGAGCUCUUUUGUCCCUAUUUUAGGAUGAUAAUGCCUUAAACUGGGUAAUGACCACAGAGAGCAAGUCUUAGUAGUGGAAUAUAGUCUAGCAGGCUAGAGGUUGCAGUUGCACCAGUAAGAUGGGGGAGGGUCUUAUAGGAAGCAAGUAGAGAUUAACUGCACCUACUUCAGCAUGUUGCAUAAGCCUGUGGCUUAGCAUGGCUUUUUAAAAUUCCCUUAGCCUUUCAUAUAUUGCCAAAGUGAUCUUCCCCAUACACAGUUAUGAUCAUUCAUUCACUGAUGUAUGCAUUUCUCUACAUAUUUCCUGAGUGCCUGUGCAUAAUGCAAGGUACUUUUUAUUGUCAUUCCCUGGUUGAAAAUUAUCCGUAGCUCCCCAUUACCUCAAAGUGCUGUUUACAUUUAGCCUGGCAUGUAGGACCUUCCAGUAAGUUGCUGGGUGAAAUAAUGUAUAAAUACUUCCCUCUUUUUCCUUAUAUGAAGCCCACUGUCAGGGAAGACCUCGGUCAAGUUGGCAAUCAGCUGGAGGUGCACAGUGUUGGUGGUGCAAGGGAGGAAUUGGGGAAUGAGAGAGGAUUAAAAGGGCAGUCCCCUCCCGAAUAGUAGAAACUCCUUGUUCAGCAAAGCUUUACUGAGCAUCAUACUCUAAAGAGACAGGAACAGAGAGAUGGCUAAGUUCUACAACCAGGGCUAAAGGAUGAAGAGAAUGAGAAUAUCAAGACCUUUUUGGGACUGUUCAAGAAGAGAGCCAGGAAAAGGACCUCAGUCAUGCCAGUGUGGACCAGAGAUAUCUAAUACCAGUAUUCAUGAGAUAUCUCAUCCAUCUCUAAAUUUCCAUCCCUUACUCCUUCCCCCUUGCCUCAUAUUUGCUCCUCCUUAAUGAAUAGCAGUGAAACCCUUAACAGGGAAAAGGCCUAUGUGCUUAUUUCAGGAAUAGUAAGAAAAGAAAGUUAGAGGACAGGGAAAAUCCAAUAUGACAACUAGUUGACCACAGUGGGUGAUGGCAGCUGUGAAGAAAAAGAAGAGCAGAUAGGCAUCCUGGCAUCUUCAGGGAGAGAAAGGAAGUGACAGACAUGAAACCUAAGCUGGAGAGAUGGUGUGGGUGGUGGCUGUUGUGAAGAAGAAAUGACAACAGGUUGCAGCUGUUCCCUGGAACUUGUGGGAAGAGAAGCUUGCACAGGCCAGCAGCUUGGCCUGCAGAGAAGGUCCUACCCAACUCUAGCCUUAAGUUGGCUCAACUUGUCCUUUCUCCAGGUGACCAACAAAGAGAGCUGUGGGCACAGCAGCCCUGUUUGUGCCAGUUACCCAAGGCCUUCAGGGCCCAGGAGCCUAUACCAGGAUACUGGUACCCUCACCGAGCCCAUUUCAGCCACCGUCAGGUUAGGGGUAGAAUGGAAAAGAUAUGGUAGGUGAUGGCAGCUGUGAAGAAAAGAGGAAUGCCGACAAGAGGCCUGUAACCCUUAGGAAUGGAGUGAGGACUACACAGACUGUGGUCCUUUGCUCCCAGGUGCUCCCCACACAUCCUGCUCCUUGUAUCCUUACAUCUGUCCAGCACACACAUAUAGAUGUACAGAAAAGCACAGGUAGUAGGAGCCUUCACUGGUAUUUACCCAGACCAGACUUUCCCUGACCCAUUCAGCCUGCUGGUCCUGCACAUGCUCCCUGGUUCCCUAACUCCUGAGCUCCUAAUAUUCACCUCAGACCCUUGUUAUUUGGAUGGUUUAUUUGGACCUGUUUCUCCUGGUCACUGGUCUCUCCUCAGAUGUCCACAGGGUAUCAUACAGCUGCAGCCAUAGGUUAGAGACAUAUUACCUUGCCUGUUUGGGGAGGGGUAUCCCAAGAGACCCACUUAGGUCAAUCUGAGGCUGCGCAGCCUCCUCCCCAGGGUGGUAGGAUUGGAUAACCUACACUCUGGCCAGAUUGGGCUGCUCACUUAUCCAGCAGGCUGUGAGUUUUUCCCAUUGCAUUAUUUAAAUAGAUGUCAGGUCACCCUUGUCUCUACUGCCAGAUUGCACGGUCUAAUCCUCUCCUUGAUACUUAUGACAGGCCACCCUGUGUUGUUGUCUGUGUUGUGCCUCUAGCCCUCUGUUAGGCUGUGAACUGAUUGAGGGCCAAGGCUGUCUGACUCCUUUCUGUCCUUUUUACCUUGAAUCACAAUGACUUAUCUCUGCUCUUUAUCAUAUUCUGAAAAUUCCAUGAAGGUAAGGACUGAGUCUAAUUACUGUCUUUGUCCACCAUGGGGCCUGGCACAAAAUAGACAGCAGUAAAGAUAUGCUGAAUGAAUGAGUGAGUCAAAGACCCUAACCUUCUGGAUCUAAUUAUGGAGGCCAGGGAGAGUUCUACCCCAAGGAGGAAGAUGUUGCAUCCCUUUAUGGUUUGUACAGCAUUCCAAACCUGCCUAGCACUCACCCCAAAAUAAGUGCUUUCUGUGCUGGCCGGCUUCCAGGUCAGCUAUAGUACUUCUGGCUUGAGCUUGGUCUGCCUGGAUGCCUAAAACCAAGCUGAGGUCUGGGGUUCUCAUUUCCCUGGUUUGUCUCCUCUGUCCCUGAAUGGUUUUUCCAUAACUGCCACUGCUCCACGACUCGAAGGGAGUUGCUGGGGCUCGUGUGUUCAAAGCAAGCCUUGGCUCUCUGAUACCAAGUGUCAGUAAUGCUCUCUGUAUCGUAAAAGCUACCAUGACUCUGGAACAAGGAAGAUAAAUAAAGAGCUUAAGUCUGGUGA